GCGCCGGGCCGGCAUGGCGUGGCCCUGCAUCAGCCGCCUCUGCUGCCUGGCGCGGCGCUGGAACCAGCUGGACCGCUCCGACGUGGCUGUGCCGCUGACCCUGCACAACUACUCGGACCUCGAGAGUGAGGAGCCCAGCCCAGGUGGCGUCGCUUCGCGCAGGGGCCCGUCCCCCGCAGGCGCCCGGGACCCCGGCCGGGAUGUGCCGCUCACUCAGUACCAGCGCGACUUCGGCGUGUGGACGGCGCCCCCCGGGCCCAGAGAAGCAACGCAGGGGCGCAGGCCAGGGACGGGUGGCCGCAGGGUCAAGCCCCCCGCACCCCCCAGCCGGGGGGUCUACGUGCUCCCCAUCGGCGACUCAGACGCAGCUACAGCAGUGACCACAUCGUACAGACAGGAAUUCCAGGCCUGGACUGGAGUGAAGCCAUCAAGAUCCACAAAGGUGAAACCCGCCAGAGUCAUCACAACCCAUAGCUCCGGAUGGGACGGCAGCCCUGGGGCCGGCUUCCAGGUCCCUGAGGUGAAGAAAUUCGCCCCUAACCCCUCAGCCAUCUUUCAGGCCUCAGCUCCCCGGAUCCUCAACGUGUGACUGCCCACCGAGAGGAGAUCAGAACCCACUGCUGUCCAGGGACUGGGGUGAGAUCUCAGGACCAGACAGCUCCCUGCUGUCAGAGGAGUGGGAAGGGUUCUCCUUUCUCAGCCCAGAACCCCACUCCUAAGGUGUGGGCAGAACAGAGGCACAAAGGGACACGGCAACCAACCCGCUCAACUCUGGGCCCCAGCUCCCUCUUCCACCUCAAGACGUGUGCGGGAGGCUUCGGAUCUUUUUUAAUUGCCUCCUCUGGCCACUCUUGUUUUUAAAUCUGAGGAACUUGAUCAACUCUACUGUGAACCAGACUGGUCCCUGGGGGCUAAGGAAUAUGGCCAUAAGAGGUCCCUGAAAGAUCCAGUAACGUCCUUGUGGUUUUCCCAGGCUGCAUGAUCAUUUUAUAACCUAUGGUGACCCAAGGUAACGUCCUUGGAUAUUCCCGCAAACGGCCCCACACAUUCAGGUUGUAGAAGAAAUCUUAGGUUAUCACCUGCAUCUGACUCAUGAUGAUGCUGAGUAACCAGGAUGUUUCCCAAAAGAACAGUAUGUCAAUCAUAGGGUUUCAGUUUGAGAGAUGUAAGUUCUUUAUGGCCAAGAUGACCCUUGUUUUAACAAAACAUUUCUUGGGAUGAGUGAAGUACUGAAUGACAUUUACCUUGAGGUGGGUUUCUGAGCCCCACAUUAUAUUACUAACUCCAGUUUUGUUCCCUUAACAUGCUGAUGACUAGAAGGGAACUACUGUACACACUGGCCAAGAACUGGGAGCUUUUUUGGGGAAAGGUGACAAGAGCCUGAUUCCCUGAAAGACCUUAAAAUGUCAUCUCAUUGCAGGGAGCUCACUACCUGUUGAGGCGGCAGCUCAUUUUGUCUUUGGAAGGCCCUCUCCUGACUUUCUCGGUAAAUUCCAGCCGGUGCAGCCACCAGGAAAAAGCCUGGGCCCCUCUUUGCACAGAAGCCCUCGAAACAUUUGAAAGACUCUCUGUCCUUUUUAGAGAUGAGAGGCACAAGCUUAGGACAGUUUUUGGUAAGGAAACUCCAAGGACUCCCCUUUGGGUCUUUAUCUCCCUCCAGCCCACACGGGGCUUAGGCUGGUGAACAUUUACUUAAGCCACAAGAGGUGGCAUUUGGGUUUUAGAACCAGCUCAGGCUGUGAGGGGGCUGUCCCCUCCGAGGUGCUAGCUCCUAGCUCCGGCAGGCACAGCCCUUCCCCUCAUUCCAGCAAAGGAAAUGCUCUGAGAGAAUCAUUUUAAAGGGAAAAGCAAAACCAUAUGCUUACACAAAGGGUUCUAUUAUUUCAGACAAUGGGUUUGCAUGUUAGAUGUUUCUAAGAGAAAAGAGGCGGCCUGCUGGGCAUUCUGUGAGAAGCAAACAGAUUAACUGUACAAUCUCAGUUUUUACUAAAAUGCAAACAUGUACUGUUUAAAUUUGUUAUUUCUUUAAAUUAAUUACAAACCGA